CUGUUCUGACAGCCCUCACUCACAUCUCUCUCAUCAAUGAUCGCAUCGUGGCUGAGAUGGGGGUUCUGGCAGCGAAUCUGCCGUCCAUUCCCAACCUGCAGUACCUGGACAUUAGUUACAACUUUAUAUAUGGCCCCCUUCCCACCGCCAUACUCGCCAAAGACACCCUCACUUUCAUCUCCCUCGCUUCCAACUAUCUCUCCGGUUCGAUCCCAGCCGUCGGAUCGCAGAUCUCCGAGCUGCACCUGCCCCACAACUACCUCACAGGCACCUUCCCCAGCUCAGGUGCCACCUUCGCCAGCUGUACCUGCGCCGAUAACUGCCUGCAGAGCGCGGUGAACUGCAAUGCUGGGGAUGACGCGCUGCAGAGGGAGUCAGGGUGUGACAUCUGCAGCCAUGCCAUUGGGACUGUCCAGCCGUGCGGUGCAAAUGGAGUGUGUGCGCCAGAGGUCUCUCCUGCUGCUGAACCGGGCUCCCUGCUGCCCAUGACGUGCCAUGCCUCUGGGGGGAAGAAGAGCAAGCGCGCGUGCAAGAAGAAGCGCUCCGUCUGCCACCCCUUGCAGUGCGGCGCCGGCUAUUUCUGCGUGCCCUUCGUGCGUAGCUGCAAGGGUUACAAGUGCGUCAAGUUAUGGCGAUAACUGGGUUUCAGCGCCGUAAAACACCGUGUAACCAGAUUGGGAGGUCGUUUGGUGGAGAUUGAGGGAGCCUCAAAGCUCCAUGCUAUUCGGCAUGUACAGAGCUACAAGGGUUGUUUCAAGUGUGUCGUGUCGAGUCGAACAUGGGGGGUAAUCGGGUUACCA